AAGUAUCUUACUUCACAACAAAUAACGAUAUUGAAAAGAAUUCAAUUUAUUUAAAAGAUCAUCAGCCCAUACCUCAGCAUUACCCACACAGACAGCCAACAGAGUUCCCUACUUAACGAUUUAAAAAGAUGACAGGAUUUUGUCGCCGGUAUUUUAAGAUGGCAUAUAAUGCUGUAAGGACGACGUAAGGACGACGCUCUCUCCUUGUAAUCUGAAGAUUUUGGAUGCUUAACACAGGAUGAUAGUUUAAGGUGAUUCACAUUUUGUAAUUGGAUUAUUGAUCGAGUUGACGUUUGGACUGAUUAUUAUAACUGGCUAUGACACCGUCCUCUAACAGUUCCUAGUUUGUCGCUGUACCUUGUACCUCGUCAUUUACCCCCGUCUACACUCAACUACCUAAUGACAACGAAAAUCCCGCUAACAACAGGCAAGCGUGAGUAUCCCAGGAGGUACAUAGACCUUACUUUUUAUUAAUCAAGUAAUAAGAAGUUCAGGCAGCGAAUUUCCUGAUGUGCAAAUGAAAACUGCCGGAUUAGAGAGAAGAAUGCUAAGUCUCAUUUUGCAAACAAUAUUGAGAAAAAUUCUCUGCCGUGGAUGAUGUUUGUUACAUUAAAAAUCUCAGAUCGAGGAAUUCAGAGUUUGUAGGACUUCAUAUCCGAGUAAAGAGGAUUUAGCCGGCAAAUAGAAAUGUCCUUUAAUCCUAAUUAAAUCAUUAAUUGUGCUAUUUUUUAUUCUUUAACGUUUCCCUUAGUGUAAGAAGAUGGAAAUACAUGGUGGUUGUAUGGAAUGUUCAUCUGUAUCGCGACAAUUUCGGGAAUUCGUUCUAUAGGGCCCUUUCCGGUAUUUUAUUUGAGGAGUUUAUUGAAUGCCGUGGAGUUUAAAAUGGCUGUGAAAUUACACUUAUUAGUGUCAAUAGUGUUACUAGUGCUAGAUUUAGUGUCAGGUAGAAUGGAGGAAGAUACCCAGGUGAUAAAAAUAGCUACCAUCAUCCCCCGGGAUAACCGGCGACUCUUCUCCAUCCAGCGGAUCAGGCCCGCCCUGGAGAUCGCUAACGAAAAAGUCCGAGAAAUGGAACUGCUCCCAAAUCACAAUAUCUCCGUCAACUUUGCAGAUUCCGAAUGUAGCAUAGAAGUGGGUAUGAAGGAAGCUAUACAGUUUUACGUGGACAGGGAGGUUCACCUGUUCCUCGGUCCCUGCUGUGACUACGCCGCUGCCCCGAUUGUCCGCCAGAUAAAGUACUGGAACCUCCCAAUGAUAACCCCAGGCGCCAUGGCCAGUGACUUCGCUCGCUUAAAGAACUCGGAAUUUCGUCUGAUGACCAGGGUUGGGUCCAGUGUGAAUUCAUUAGUUCUCAUGUUAAUGGCUGUUUUGCACGAGUAUCGGUGGUCCAAGACUAAAAUCAUCUACAACCCAAACGGACAAGAUUACAUCACAAACAAGUACUGUCACAUCGUCGCCGACGGAGUGCAUUAUGGGAUGCCGAGUAAUCCGGAAUACGCCAAGUUUGAAAAGGUUGAAGAAUUUUUAGAUAGGAUGACAACUGACAUAGGGAGGGAAAAUGCAGUUGACCUCAGGCGAACAACACUUUUUGUGGAGACAAGUUGUCUACCAUUUAGUCAAGAUGGCUGA